GAGGCCGCCCCGGUGUUCCAGUACGCGGGGAAGGCGGCCAGGCGUAAGGACCGCGUCUUCGUGUGGGGCUUCUGCUACUCGGGCGCCCUGGGCGUCCCCAGCUUCGUGAAGCCGGACGUGGGCUGGAAGAAACCGCGGAGGAUCCAGGCCACGCCCUACCGCCUGGAGACGGAGGAGCAGAUCUCCUCUGCUGCCUGCGGCUAUGGAUUCACGCUGCUGUCCUCUAGUACCACAGACAUCACCAAAGUGUGGGGCAUGGGCCUGAACAAGGACUCCCAGCUUGGGUUCCAGAGGAGCAGAAGAGAUCGAGCUAAGGGCUAUGAAUAUGUCUUGGAACCAUCUCCAAUUCCAUUACCACUGGAGAAGCCGCAGCAGACUCGAGUCUUGCAGGUGUCCUGUGGGAGAGCCCAUUCCCUGAUCCUGACAGACAGUGAAGGAGUUUUCACCAUGGGGAACAAUUCUUACGGACAGUGUGGCCGGAAGGUUGUUGAAGAUGAAACUUACAGUGAAAGCCAUCUAAUUCACCAGCUGAAGGAGUUUGACAGCAGAGUUGUGCAGGUGGUGUGCGGGCAGGACCACAGUCUGUUCAGAACCAAGAAGGGUGCAGUCUAUGCAUGCGGAUGGGGAGCUGAUGGACAAACAGGUCUUGGACACUACAACAUCACCAGUGUUCCUACUAAGCUACAUGGUGACAUUGCUGGAGUGAAUAUUAUCCAGGUCUCUUCCUAUGGGGACUGUUGCCUGGCUGUUUCGGAUGAAGGAGAUGUCUUUGGUUGGGGAAAUUCAGAAUACCUGCAGCUGGCAUCUGUUACAGAAACCACACAGGUGAAUGUUCCCAGACAUCUGCCAUUCAAGAUUGGGAAGAUCAAGGAGGCUGCCUGUGGCGGGACUGGCAAUGUUGUGCUAACAGAAGAAGGAAAUGUUUUUGUCUGGGGUUACGGAAUUCUUGGGAAAGGACCAAACGUAAUAGAGACAGCAGUGCCAGAGAUGAUCCCACCCAGUCUUUUUGGCUGGUCGGACUUCAAUCCGGACAUCCGUGUUGCUCACAUUCGCUGUGGACUCAGCCAUUUUGCGGCACUUACAAACAGAGGAGAACUGUUUGUAUGGGGCAAGAAUCUAAGAGGGUGCUUGGGAACUGGAAGAAUGGAAGACCAGUAUUUCCCAUGGAGGGUGACGGUGCCCGGGGAGGUGGUGGAUGUUGCGUGUGGAGUUGAUCAUAUGGUCAGCAUGGUGAAGUCCUUCACCUAG